AUGGCUAAGUGGCUAUCAAUAUCUUCAAAUAAUCACAAUGAUAUGGUGACGGCUCAUUUGCCUUCUCAAAAAUCUGGAACUGAAUUCAUGCAGAAUUGUGAUUUGCCGCCUCCGACCAAGGUUUUUUCUGGGUCGGAUAAGAUGGUGAUAUCUUCUAUGAAUAGGAUAUGUGGCAUGGUGGACCGAGAAGAGGAAGACAGAUAUGAUUUUGAGGCUUGCAGAAGUUGCGAAAGCGAAAAGCUGGAGAUUUUGAAGGCGUUGAGAUUGUCGCAGACGCGUGCGAGAGAAGCCGAGAAGAAAGCUGCAAGUUUUGCAGAAGAGAGAGACACUCUGUACAGUAUUUUCUUGCAGGAUUCAUUGCGGAUAUUUGCUUACCGACAAUGGGUGAGAUUGCUUGAAGUUCAGGCUUCAAAGUUGCAGAAAACAGAGAGACAUUCGUUGUGUUGUUGUGGCGCCAAAGAGGGAGAUGAUGAUGGCAAAGAUGGAGCUGGGGUGUCAUUAUUUAUGGCUUUAGCAUUUUGUUUAGGCAUAGUUGGUGUUGGAUUUGCAAUUGGGUGCAAAUAUUUGUUCUGA